UUGAACAAGACUACCAAGGGACAGUGAGAUCGACUCAGAAUGCGAGCUAUUGAGUGUGUUUUAGUUGUCGCCUGCGCCCUUUUGAGGGCACAUGCAGCUGAACCGUCGUGCCCGGUGUGUUCUAAGUAUCACUAUGAAGAGAUGCUUCUGGAGAGGAUGAUACGGAACGAAAUCAAAUGGGAACAGAUCGUAAAUGACAUGAAAUCCAUCAAUGACAAGGUGAAUUCUGCCCUUGAUGACGCCAGCGUGAAAAUUGAACAGAUGACCUCGAGACUUGAGAAACAAAAUCAAGUGGUGGAUGAAGCCAGCGGAAAAAUUCAAAACUUGACGUUGGGACUUGAUAAACAAAAAGGAGUGGUUUAUGCAGCCAGCGUGAAAAUUGAAAACUUGACGUUGGGACUUGAGAAACAGAAGCUUGAUAUGGAUCUUAUAACUCUCCGCUCACAAAAUUUAACGAAUGUGCUCUUUUUCGCUCGUACACCAAAAGACGCUGCCUUAAAAAAUAAUCAAAUCGCGAUCUUCAACACUGUGGUUUUGAAUACAGGACAAGGCUAUGCUAGCGAUACCGGCAAGUUUACGGCACCUGUUUCUGGGAUUUAUAUGUUUGCAGUGCAGUACUGUACUCCAGUGAACGAAUGGGGAUGUCUUGGAAUUGUGAAAAAUGGAACGACUUUACAAAAUUCCGUUAACCCAGCUGGCAGCAACUAUGCGUGUAGCAGUAUGCAAGCGUUUGCCACGGUUGCUGUUGGUGAGCAAGUCUGGGUGAGGUCUAAUGGAUGGGAUGGAAACUGUUAUUUAUACGAACAUUCGGGACAAGUUUGGUCAUCUUUUCCUGGAAUCCACAUACCAAAUGAUAGUUGGUGAAAUUGUGUAACGUAUUUGCAGUUUGUGAUGACAUCUAGGUGUUUGACUAUACAAAAUAUUGCCGACAAUGUGUUUGUUUUACUCAGAAUGUCAUACACAAUGCAAAUGUAUACUCCUACGUACUUUUUGCUUAAACGAUACAAGAAUGAACGUUGCAAACAUUUGUAAACAGAAUAAUCAGACAGAUCGUAACACAAUAAAAUAAUUAAGCAUAUGUCGAGGUGGAACAGACAAUGAUGAGUAAUUAUUAUCAUAAAUGUGGCCACUAAAGAGGUAUCAAGAUAUUUUCUA